AUGACUUCGCUGCCACCCGACCAGUCCCUUCGGAUCCAGACGCUGAACCAGCGUCGUGUCCUGCUCUCUGUGGCCGAGAGAGGCAUCACCAUAGGCGAUGGAACACCGGACCGCGACUUUUCCAGCUUUACCAACGGCGUGCACUUUUUUGCCGAGAACGUGGCCGUGACCUCGGACAUUUCUGCGCCUUAUGGGAUAACCAUCUCGGCCUGGGAGUUGGCUUGCUCUGAUGGUGGGGCUGUGCUGAAGGCGACGGGUCUUGAUGGCCAGGAAGACGGCGAUGCCCAGCACCGGGACGGGGGGCCAGGAGGCCCCAUGGCCCUGUACAUUCAAAACCUCGACGACUCCACGUCCACACGGCUGACACUGGAAGCCCACGGCGGCGCCGGAGGAAACGUGACGAGUGCCUCCGGUACCGUCGGCGAUGGGGGCCAUGGGGGUUCCAUUCCCAGCGUCUUGCAGCCCACCUACGUUCGCGUGCUAGCGUUUGUCGACGAUUACUUCAACCGUAACGAAUUCCACUCCGACGACGAAACCCAGUACGGCAACGAGGUCGCCGCCAACAGUUCUCUCUAUAACGGGGCCAAGGCAGUGCUGUCCACGGGGCAGAGUCUCUCAGCCACCGACGACGUGAUCAAGAGCAUCUUUGGCCAGCUCUCGGACGAGAUUACAAAGAUCGACAACCAGGAGAAGCGCACCGUCCGAGACGUCAAACUGGCCAUCGCUAAAGCCAGAAGGGUCAUGAAGCAGCUCAUCGCCACGCAGCAGUCCCAACUCGCGCCCACAGUAGGGGACAUCCGCGGCGGAUACCCAGGCGUCGGGGUCGGGGUCGCCGUGAGUGGAGGCAAACAGGGCGCCAAUGGCCAACACAGCCAGGUCUUUCUCCAGACUUGGUCUCCAACGGAUUUGGCGGGUACUGGGAUGGCGUUUGCCCACCCGGUGCAAUGUGCCAUGCUCCUCACGAGGGCCAACCUCUUCUUCUACAUCAACUCGCCCAAGCUUAGGAGCCAUGCCCGGAGGCUCUACCAGCGUCUUAUAGAUCGCCUCAGCUUCCUCCCGCUGCAACCGAGUGAUACCUUGCGAACAGCAUACGAUCAGAGUCCCAUCAUGCCUUCUACCAGUGUUGAUGAUCUACAGAACAUUGCCACCGAGGCAGCCAACCAGCUGGUUCAUCUAAACUCUGGCCUCGUGAACUACUGCGGAUUUGCACCACUGUGGGUACCCAGGGCCAGCUACACCUUCUACGACCAGACCGUGGGCGACGCUCUUGAUAAUCUCACAGCCUUUGAGAACGCAUAUAUCAAGUAUAGCGCGGCGCUAGCAAGCCAAGAGGAUCUAAACGACCAGGUGAAGCUGGCCUACGACAAGACUUCGAACAUUUUGGCAAGUCUGGACGCCGACAUUUCCGACCUCAAGAGGCGGCAACAGGACCUCAACCUACAUAUCACUAACAUGACGCCCGUCGUAGAAACGGCGCGUUCGGAUCUGAUGAAGGCAUACAAUGCGGAGCUUGACAGCAUCAAUUCGGCCUUCGGGCUCAGUGUCCCCCAAAUCAUAAAUGCCCUCACUAUGAUUGCCUUCUCUCCCGGAAAGGCAAUGGGCAUUCUCCAGGCGGGAAGCCUCGUCUAUCAGGGUUUUACUUCCAUCCCGACCAUCGAUGGGGUGACCGUGAGCAAGAAGUAUCUCGCCUCGGAGAUGCGGCAAAGCGAAGCCACAGUUCAGAACGUCUCGGUCGAGCUGCGCACCAAGAUAGAUGGAGAAUACCAGCUGGACGAUGCCUUUGCCAAACGCCUCAUCUUGGCGAGGGACCAGCUGAUGUCACAGCUAGACGAGUUUUCCCACCUGGUUUUUGGUGGCGUCAAGGAAGAAAAAAGCCGACAAGAUCUGGAAGACAAGUUUAGUGCCUUUAUUGACGCCGUCACAGCGCGGAACGGGCUCAUCUUCAAGUACAACAUCACGCUAAAGCUUAUCCUGUCCAAGCUAGACGAGAAGGCGGUAUACGAAACCAAGAAGACAGAGCUAGCGAACAGGCAGAUCAAAAACGAUGAUCCCGACUUGCCGGCCAUCACAGCCUAUGUGGAGGGAAUCUACCAGGCCUCGCGGUCUCGCGUCACUCGGCUGCUUGACAUCCUCCUUCGGUCACUCAAUUUCCGCAUGCUAAUACACUCCGACGUGUACGACUACGCUUUCCAAGGCACAGACCCUAACCAUGCAGACCACCUCGACGAUGUGCCCCUAAGUCUCACGUCGAUCGUGCUGCAGGCUGUGCGGGAGAACAUCAAGACCAAGUUCAACAAGGAGGUCGAAUACUGGGGGUCAGAGCCGGCCAAGUUCCCUGACGACUUCGACAAGGACAUUGGAAAACGCUACUUCUUGAACAAGUACCAGAGGAAGGCCUUGCUGGGUGGCGAUCAUGCGGCCGUCUUCACUAUAUCUCCGGUCUACAAGUACAGCGCAAACGGCGGUGAUUUUGUUGGGUGCUGCAACGUGCGUGUGUAUAGAGUGCGCUUCCGCUUGACAGGCCUCGCUCCUGCAUCCUCGCUUAAAAAGGAUGAGGAUGCCCUGGUGCGCUUCACACUCAGGCAGGGAGGACGUGAGACCCUUGUCGACCGCUCUAAUGCAAAGUUCGAGUUCGACCACGACGAGGUCUCAACCGUGUUUUCCUUCCGUGUCAACGGUGCGGGCGACACGACGCCCUUGGACAAUGGGAAUAUCGCCGGCUCAGACAUUGACAAUAUGGCGACGUCCUACGCGGCCCCCGGUCCGUUCGCAGAGUGGACGGUGGACAUGUCGGGGACAGAGUUUGACAAGCUGGAUGUCACAGGAGUGACGGAAGCGUACUUGGACUUUUGCGGGACGAAUUACGCGUACUCUUGA